GACUUCUUCCAUGUCGACUUGCCCGAUCAACACAUGGACCUCUUCAAGCUGUAUGAGCCGAUGGGAGGUGACCACUUCAACAUCUUCGCGGCCGGCCUCAAGACUGCUGACCGCGUGAUCACCGUCAGCCGUGGCUACGCAUGGGAGCUCACAACAUCCGAAGGUGGGUGGGGACUCCAUGAGAUCAUAAACGAGAACAACUGGAAGUUCCGAGGCAUCGUCAACGGGAUCGACACAGUGGACUGGAACCCUGAGCUGGAUCUUCACCUGCAAUCCGAUGGCUACAGAAACUAUUCCAUUGAGACUCUGCAAGCCGGGAAACCACAGUGCAAGGCGGCGCUGCAGAAGGAGCUCGGCCUCCCUGUCCGCGAGGACGUCCCCCUCAUCGGAUUCAUCGGCCGGCUGGAUCACCAGAAGGGCGUCGACCUCAUUGCGGGUGCGAUGCCUUGGAUCGUCGGGCAGGACGCGCAGCUGGUGAUGCUGGGCACCGGACGGGCCGACCUGGAGGAGAUGCUGCGCAAGUUCGACAGGGAGCACCACAACAAGGUGAGGGCGUGGGUGGGGUUCUCGGUGAAGAUGGCGCACAGGAUCACCGCAGGGGCGGACGUCCUGCUCAUGCCAUCGCGGUUCGAGCCCUGCGGGCUGAACCAGCUGUACGCCAUGAAGUACGGCACGGUCCCGGUGGUGCACGCCGUCGGCGGGCUUCGUGACACGGUGAUCCCGUUCGAUCCCUUCAGGGAGAGCGGGUUCGGGUGGACGUUCGACCGGGCGGAGGCCAACAAGCUGAUCAAUGCGCUGGGGAACUGCCUCAACACCUACAGGAACCAGAAGGAGAAUUGGAAGGGCCUGCAGACGCGAGGGAUGGCACAGGACCUGAGCUGGGACAACGCCGCCAAACAUUACGAGGAAGUCCUCGUCUCAGCUAAGUAUCAGUGGUGAUCUUUGAGAACAUGAACGAACAGUAUCUAUCUCAGCUAUCUGAUGAUCCAAUCCGGAUCUCUCUUCACCGAACCUGCAAAGAUUCGCCGAACAUGGAACGUCUAUAAGUAUUGUGUGCGUCCGUUUGAUUGAUGACAUCAACAUUUUGACACGUCUCUCUCUCUCUAUCUCUUCCUCGCUGAGGACAGCCCAGUUUUGUUGGAUUCUGUGAUUAGCCACCGCGUCGACAGCCUCUGCUGCGUACGUGCCAGAGGAAAACAGUCGCACCUGCACGCAUAAAUACACAUCGAUUCGCCAUACAUGUUAUUGGUUGGACCAAGAAGCAGCGUCUUCUUCCUCCUCAGCGCUGGAAACCAUGGAGAAACCAUUGCCAACUGCACCCUACCACUCCCUCGCACUCACAGAGCCCGUCGUGCACCUCUUCAACAAGACCAUCUCCAUGGGGGUCGUCCUGAAGAAUAAGAUAUCCAUGGGGUUCCUCUUCCGGCACCCAGCGCCGUGCGCAUCGGGGGUCGUCGAUCGUGUCAGACCCGGCGACUCGGCCGACGCUAGCGAGGCGCCCGAG